AUGGGCGCCUGGCUUUGCAAGGCUUCGCCGGCAAGCUCGCCGCUGGGAUGGUCGUCCCUACCGCCGGAGCUCGCCGAUCUCGUGCUGCGCCGCCUGCCCUCCCUCGCCGACCGCGUGCGCUUCGCCUCUGCGUGCCGCCACUGGCGCCACGCCAUGAAGCAAUACUCUCUGCCCAGCCUGCCUCGGCCGCUCCCGUGGCUCAACUUCAGCGACGGCCGCUUCCGGAGCCUCCCCGACGGCGAGCUGCACUCCUUCCAAUUCAGGAAGCCCACGGACACGCUCUGUGUCGGCUGCUUCGACAACUGGCUGCUGUUCGACGAAUUAAGCUGCAUUAGACCCAGCCUCCGUCACUACCUGAAGAACCCGCUCCGCCGAGCCACCAGGCGGCUCCCAGGCUACUGCAGGGAGCCUGUUCAUCUCAACCCAGAUGGCUCACACGGCAGGCGUUCCAGCUCAAGGUCCACCGACUUCCGCAUCCGCAAGGUCAUCAUCUGCUCGAGGGACCUCGUCGUCGCCAAGGUGAACUACCAACACGGCCCGUGCGCGGUCGUGUGCUGCCGGCCGGGCACGUCGUCGUCGUGGUCGACGGGACUGUGCAACGGCCUUUGGUACCAAGACAUGGCCUUCUACGGGGGGAAGAUCUACACCGUCACCAUUGAAGGCGACCUGUUUGCGCACGAGGUUUCCAACGGCACGGCGGACACUGAAGAAGGACCCGCGGUUUCUCGGGUGGAACGAGUGAUUCAGGUGGCGGCGGCGACGACGACGACUCCUGCGAACUGCGCAACAAGAUGCUACCUUGUUAUCUCAUGCACCGGCAAGCUGCUGAUGGUAUGGUGGAUCGUCGUCCCUGAAAAAUCCACGACGACAUUCAAGGUGUUCGAGGCAGAUUUCAGGAUGUCUCGGUGGCUAGAGGUGGAAAGUUUGGGGGAUGAGGUGCUAUUCGUCAGUUCAAGCUGCUCCAGGGCUGUUGCCGCAUCAAGCCAUGGCGACUACCUGCAAGGAAACCGGAUUUACUUCCUCGACGACAGUAUUGCAUCCUGGUUCUUUGGGACACCUAGCAAUCAACCUGCAUGUGGCGUUUACGAUGUGAGUAGCAGCACCAUCCAUCCUAUUCCACUGGGUCAACAAUGGCACCUUAGUAGCCAAUCGAAGGCAUCAUGGUUCUUUCCAUGA